GCGAGAGGGCGGGCGAGUUCUUCUGCCGGAAGUCCGCUCUAGUCCUGGGUCCACUAACUGCUGCGAGAGCCGGAGCUGCCAAGGAGCCGCGGGACUGGGGCUGCUGGGGUCCGGACGGGGGUCGCCAUGAUCCGCUUCAUCCUCAUCCAGAACCGGGCAGGCAAGACGCGCCUGGCCAAGUGGUACAUGCAGUUCGAUGACGACGAGAAACAGAAGCUGAUCGAGGAGGUACACGCCGUGGUCACUGUCCGAGAUGCCAAACACACCAACUUCGUGGAGUUCCGGAACUUCAAGAUCAUUUACCGACGCUACGCUGGCCUCUACUUCUGCAUCUGCGUGGACGUCAACGACAACAACUUGGCCUACCUGGAGGCCAUCCACAACUUCGUGGAGGUCUUAAACGAGUACUUCCACAAUGUCUGUGAACUGGACCUGGUGUUCAAUUUCUACAAGGUUUACACGGUCGUGGACGAGAUGUUCCUGGCCGGCGAGAUCCGCGAGACCAGCCAGACGAAGGUGCUGAAACAGUUGCUGAUGCUCCAGUCCCUGGAGUGAGGGCAGCCAGCCCCUCCGGCCCGGCCCCCGCUCCCUGCUCGCCCCCUUCUCUGGGCCGGGGCCGCCCGGCGCCCGCCCUCCCCGGGCCAGGAGGAAGGCCCCAGCUGGGCCUGGGCCACCGGGGAGGGGACUGCACCCCACUGCCUCUGGGCCCAGCUGUGGGCGGAGGCCACCUCGCGUGAACCGAGUAACCGUGCUGUUGUUGUGUGACGCUGUGAGUGCGUGUGUGGAGCCCCCAAUAAACCCGUGGUCCCGCCCGG